CAGGGGAUCUGUCUGUUGAGGGCUGUGUUUGGAUGUCGGUUAGGGUUACAGGGGAAGGAACAGCAUAGGGCGGGCGACGGGCCUUCUCUGCAGUCUGCAUGAGGUGGUCGUCUCUGGGCGCUGUUUCCAGGGCCUGCGACCGGCCUUCCCUCUGUGUGGCCCAGGUCUUCAGCGUGUUUCUUGUAAGCAGCGAGAUUUCUCGCUUGGGGCCGAGUUCUUUCUUCCCCUGAGAGACUUCCGUCCCUGGACCCUGAGACUUCCGUCCCCUCUCCCCGAGAGUUCCACACAACAAACGUUUUGGGCUCGUUUUAAAGGCCCAGACUGCUUGAGUGAAACAACUUUCAGAGACGUUCCAUUCUUUCGUUUACCCCGGUGCUUACAACCUGAAAACAAAAUUGGAUUGGCACAAGUCGGCCAGGGCUGAGGAAGUGCACUUGAGACCUGACACAAAUGCAUCAGUCAGGAGAAAGAGCCAGGUUCCCAGGUGUCUCCGGAGAAGGCCAGACCGACAGCUGUGGUCACACAUUGCCGUGCUAAUAGCAAUUACAUGGACUGGAAGUGCUUGUUGAUACUGGAUCCAGACAACUGUUUCCUAAUCUCUUAAGAGCAUUUCUCUGGUUGUAGCUGGCUGUCUGCACUCUGAGGGAGUGCUAGAAUUGUUCCAUCAUGCCCACUGUGGUGGUAAUGGAUGUAUCCCUGUCUAUGACCCGACCCGUGUCUGUCGAGGGGUCUGAAGAGUACCAGCGGAAGCACCUGGCUGCCCAUGGCCUGACCAUGCUGUUUGAACACAUGGCCACUAACUACAAGCUUGAGUUUACAGCGCUGGUGGUGUUUUCAUCACUAUGGGAGCUGAUGGUCCCCUUUACAAGAGAUUACAACACUCUGCAGGAAGCACUGAGUAACAUGGAUGAUUAUGACAAAACCUGCCUGGAGUCUGCAUUAGUCGGUGUUUGCAAUAUUGUCCAACAAGAAUGGGGUGGAGCAAUUCCUUGCCAGGUUGUUCUGGUGACUGAUGGCUGUCUUGGCAUUGGCAGAGGGUCACUGCGGCACUCCCUUGCCACUCAGAAUCAGAGAAGUGAGAGCAGCAGGUUCCCGCUCCCCUUUCCUUUCCCGUCGAAGCUAUACGUCAUGUGCAUGGCCAACCUGGAGGAGCUUCAGAGCACUGACUCCUUGGAAUGCCUUGAACGACUCAUAGACUUAAAUAAUGGUGAAGGGCAAAUUUUUACUAUUGAUGGCCCCCUGUGUUUGAAAAAUGUACAGUCUAUGUUUGGAAAGCUGAUAGACCUGGCAUACACACCUUUCCAUGCUGCUCUCAAGUGUGGCCACCUAACAGCUGAUGUACAAGUCUUCCCUAGGCCAGAACCUUUCGUUAUAGAUGAAGAAAUUGAUCCUAUCCCUAAAGUCAUUAACACAGAUUUGGAAAUAGUGGGCUUUAUUGACAUAGCUGAUAUUUCCAGCCCUCCAGUUUUGUCCAGGCAUUUGGUCUUGCCCAUAGCACUCAACAAAGAAGGUGACGAGGUGGGUGCUGGCAUCACUGAUGACAAUGAAGAUGAGAAUUCAGCCAAUCAGAUUGCUGGCAAAAUACCCAACUUCUGUGUCCUGCUCCAUGGCAGCCUAAAGGUGGAAGGAAUGGUGGCACUUGUUCAACUAGGUCCUGAGUGGCAUGGCAUGCUCUACUCCCAAGCUGACAGCAAGAAGAAAUCAAACCUCAUGAUGUCUCUCUUUGAGCCUGGCCCAGAACCUCUCCCAUGGCUUGGGAAAAUGGCACAGUUGGGGCCCAUUUCAGAUGCUAAAGAAAACCCUUACGGGGAGGACGACAACAAGAGCCCAUUCCCCCUGCAGCCCAAAAACAAACGAAGUUAUGCCCAGAAUGUGACUGUCUGGAUCAAGCCCAGCGGCCUGCAGACAGAUGUACAGAAGAUCUUAAGAAAUGCAAGGAAGCUCCCUGAGAAAACACAGACAUUCUAUAAGGAGCUGAAUAGGCUACGAAAAGCUGCCUUAGCCUUUGGUUUCCUGGACCUGCUUAAAGGGGUGGCCGACAUGCUGGAGAGGGAGUGCACCCUGCUGCCUGACACAGCCCACCCGGACGCGGCAUUCCAGCUCACCCACGCUGCCCAGCAGCUCAAGCUGGCCAGCACUGAGUAUGCUGUAUAUGACCUCAACAUCACACCCCUGCACACAGACUUCUCGGGGAGCAGCACGGAAAGGAUGUGAUGCGAGCCCUGCAGCUCCUUCACACUCAUCUGUCUGAAAGUGAUCUAGAGCUAAAACCCUCUCCAGCUCCUUCAGCUCCCCUCCUGAGAAGCUGGACAGACAGGAGAAAGCUCAGGAAGAAGCCUACUAUAAGGAUGUUCUUAAACUUCUGUGUUUGGAACGAGCAAUCUAGAUGUCUACAACUUGCCUAAGUAUAAGCUGAUGCCAUUGAGUUUCCAUUUUUUCCUUAGACCUUGUUAAAACACAAGUGGCGAUGCUCAGGUACUUCUGGUGUAUCUCAAGGUACAAACUUUUAGACUGUAGCCACAAUAUGUGUCAACCACUCCUGUUCAUGUUUUUAAAUGAAAAUUAAAUAUUUGAUUUUCUAUGAAA